UGCUGGCCGAUGAUACAUGGGCGGCUCGUCCCUGAGCGGGCGUGGUAUGAGCAGGGAUACAAACGGCCCUACUUCCCACAUCACGGCAACCCACUAGUGAUCUGUGCUGUGGAUACGGGUCUACGGUACCGGCAGCCCCUUGUAUUCGUUUAACAGGCACGGUUAGGUCAUACCCGGAGGUGGGGUGGCUGCUAUGCGCUAGGGAGAUUGCAGGACAAACAACGGGGUCUUUUCGUUGCUAUAUAUGGGGCACCGGGCUGCGCCGAAGUGUGCCCGCGAACGACAGCCCUGCUUUUCCCAUAUCAGUGCACACUGAUUGGGAGAGGGCAUCAGAGGGGUGACGCCAGUGAGCACCGUUAAACGCUGGAAUCUGAGGAAAUUUCAACAGUCAAAAAUGAGCGGAGAAAUUAUCUGCCAAGGAUGGCUGAGAAAGUCGCCGCCAGAGAAAAAACUACGAAGAUAUGCCUGGAAGAAGCGCUGGUUCGUGCUGCGCAGCGGCAGGAUGAGCGGGGACCCUGACGUGCUGGAGUACUACAAGAGCGAGCGCUCCAAGAAGCCGCUGCGCGUCAUCGACCUGCACUGCUGCGAGCAGGUGGACGCCGGCCUGGCCUUCAAGCGCCGCGAGUUCCAGGAGAGCUUCGUCUUCGACAUCAGGACCGCUGAGCGCACCUUCUACCUGGUGGCCGAGACCGAGGACGACAUGAACAAGUGGGUGCGCUGCAUCUGCCAGCUGUGCGGCUUCAACCAAUCAGAGGAGAACCACGAUGGCGGGGGGAGAUCGACGAUGCACAUGCCCCGCUCCGUCGGCGCGGACCUGCGGGGACACACGGCCUCCCUGAUUGGAGAACCCAAGACCCCCGGCCCCACCCACUCCAGUCAGCCCCUCCUCUUCACCUUUGACCUGCCCGCGCGCCAUGGCAACGGCGGCCUGUCCAACAGCGCUCCCCAGGACUACCUCUUCCUGCACCAGUGCAUGAGCAGGAAGGCUGAGAACACCAGGAGCGCCAGCUUCUCCCAGGCGGCGCGGGGUGGAAUGCUGGCGGGAAGUGACCCGGCGGUGCAGAGGCUCCCCUGUGGCCCCGCCCACUACGCCAACGGUUCCGGCACCCAGUCCAGCGGCUUCAACAGCCUGCCCAAACCCGGUCGCCGCCGGUUACCGUCGGCCCGGGACGGCUCGCCGCGCGACCCCUGUUACGACCUGCCCCGCGGCUACAGCCCGGAGGGGAGGGGCCGGGAGACGGAGCCCAAAGCCCCGCUGCUCAGCAACGACAACUACGACCUCCUCCCCUCCCCCCCCGGGUCGGUCUACCAGACGCCCAGAACCUUCGACAAGAACCACAAUGCCCUGGGCCCGGCCGUCCCAGAGUCCCCUGGGGCAGAGCCCCCGCCCCGGCCCCCCAAGCCGGCCCACGGGGCCGAGCUGCAGCCCAACCAGCGCUGGGGGAGCCCCCAGUCCCUCGGAGAGCAGAACGGGGAGGCGGCCGCCCCCUCGGUCGCCCCGCGGAGGAACACCCUCCCCGCCGUGGAGAACAUCCGGCUCCACAGAGGUUCCUCCUUUGAGAACAGCGAUCACCAUCGGCAGGGUUAUCUCAGCAACUCUGGCCUGUCGACAGAGUCUGUCAGUAACGGGCUGGGCUCCAACCUGAGAGCCAAGCCCACCCUGAACCGCUCCGACAGUGGAGACUCCGAAGACAACUACGUGCCAAUGAACCCCGGCUCCGCCUCGUCGCCCUUUACCACCGCCCAGGCCGACAGCCCCCAGAACAUCUACAUUCCCAUGAGCCCCGGCCCACACCACUUCGACUUUCCAGGCUUUUCCGCCACGCUCCCGACCCGCAAGGGUAGCACCGCCUCCCUCUGUCACCGCCCGGGCCGGCUGAGCGACAUAACCCCGCCCCCCAUCAACCGAAACCUGAAACCGGACCGGAAGUCCAAGCCGACGCCCCUGGACCUGGUGACCAAUGGCAUCAUUGACGAGCUCCCCUUCAAGAGUCCCAUCACCAUGUCCUGGAUAAGGCCCACGCCUCCCCUGAACCCCAUCUCCUCCCUGCACUGCCGCCCCAUCUCCACACAGAGCAUCACCAGCACAGACUCCGGCGACAGCGAGGAGAACUAUGUGGCCAUGGUCAGCCAGAACCCAGCAUCUACCUCACCAGCUGUGAGUGGCACCAGCAGCCCUGCCCCCAGAAAGUCUGGGAACGUUGACUACCUAGACCUGGACUUCCAGCCAAGAUCUGUCAGUCCACACAGGAAGCCCUCCACGUCGUCGGUGACGUCGGAUGAGAAGGUGGACUACGUGCAGGUGGAUAAGAAGAAGACGCAGGCUCUGCAGAGCACCAUGCAGGAGUGGACCGACGUGCGUCAGUCCUCCGAGCCCGUCAAGGGCGUGAAGUCCUGACAGUGAGCUGCUCGCCCAGGGUCACGGGGUCAUCGCCAAGAGCGACGGCUCACACGCACGUGUACACCUGUACACACAGGAGCACACACACACACACACACACACCUGUACAUACACAUACACACCAGCACAACCAUUCACACACAGGAGCACACACACACACACACCUGUACAUACACAUACACACCAGCACAAACAUUCACACACAGGAGCACACAGACACACCUGUACAUACACAUACACACCAGCACAAACAUUCACACACAGGAGCACACACACACACACACACACCUGUACAUACACAUACACACCAGCACAAACAUUCACACACAGGAGCACACACACACACACACAUCUGUACAUACACAUACACACCAGCACAAACAUUCACACACAGGAGCACACACACACACCUGUACAUACACAUACACACCAGCCCAAACAUUCACACAUAGGAGCACACACACACACCUGUACAUACACAUACACACCAGCUCAAACAUUCACACACAGGAUCACACACACACACCAGUACAUACACACCUGCACAAACAUACAUCUGCACGAACAUGCCCACACAUACACAAGGACACAUACACACACACACACACACACAUACACAUACACUUGCAUGCACUCAUAAACACACAUACACUUAUACACACAUGCACAUAUACACACACACAUACAAAUACACUCACACCUGCACAAACAUACAACAUACACGCUCACAUACAUGCAGACACACAGGAGCAGCACACACACAUAUACACACGUAUGCAAGUAUUCAGGAGUACGCACACACACACCUCUAUACAAGCAUGCAAGCUUGCGGAAACACACACACACACACACCCCAAUGUGUAAACGCAUGUAAGCAUGUGAAAGCACACACAAAAACACAUAUGCACACAUACAUGCAAGCACACAUGCACACACAUGCAAACACAUGCAACCAUGCAAGAGCAUGCACACACACACACACACACACACACACACACCUUUUUUCUACCUGCCUCUAGCUUCACUGAAUGCUCAUACUCAUGAGUAUGCAGGCACGCACACACACACACACACACGCACACACUGUCAUGAGGACUGUGGAGGAGAGCGGGGACAGUGUGUGCAGGAAAGCCAUGGCCUCAUGCAGCUUGUCCAAGGGUUUUAUGGUGAAUGUGAUUCAAAGCCAUAGCAACUUCCCUGUAGCCAUAGCAACAUUCACACGGUGCAAUGUCCCGGACUGCUGGACUCUCUCAACUGACUGUGGGACAGGAGGAACACUGGGGAUCCCUGAAUCUGCGCGAAUGACCGCCGACCUUUAAAAAAAAUAAACUAUUCGCAUGCCAUUCAGUAGUAUGUUAAAUCCAACGGCAUGCAAUGCAAACUAAAGCGCACCGGCUGACCAAGAUAACCAACCUUCUGUCGCAAAAGUUAAGAAAAACAUAAGACUGAGUUUGAAUGGGCAAAGACGUAUUUACAAACAUAUUCAUUGCUUUUGUAAAUGCUGGUCAGAAGUGCUGAUAGGGACGUGUUUGCUAGAGUUGUUGUUUAGAGUUCUCAGAUGGACCCAAACGGAUCACAAACGUUAUUGUGUUGUUAUUUUAACGUUACCGAAUGCGCUUAAGGUAGGUAGCAGAAUCUACCAGAAUAGCUACGUUUCUAUUAGGGCGUAUGCAUCACGAUUUCAGAGGGUCGGCUCCAAAACCCCAGCUAGCAUAGUGCACAACGUGGGCGUAGUUUCCACUCCACUAUUAAAUCUUAGGCAUCAAAUGGAGCCUAUACCAUCAUUUUUAAACGGUUUUCUCCUUCCUUGCCGGUCCGCAACGAGCGGAAAACCCGCCACAACUAAAUGGAGCCGACUUCAUGUCGAUUGCCAUUUUCUUCCCAGCUGGCAAAAUGGUAACGAGAAUAAAAUGUUUGACCCCUGAAAACUGAGAUUUGAAACACCUGUUUUGACUGCUGCUUUGUCAAAGCAAAUGUUUGUUGCACUUCAAGCUAAAUUCGCAGCGACAUUCUAAUGGAAACGCAGCAAUUGUGGUGCCGUAAAGGAUCCUCAUCAAAUAUGAGGAAGAGACGCAUUCUGCCGCAAGGACAAGCUUUUUAAUUCAGGAAAUUUAAUUAGAUUAUCUCACCAUGGGUUUGCAUGCCUGGAAAAACAUAGCCUUAAAUUAAAAUCCUUUGUUUUUCUCAAGCCUUAGCAAUAAUCUGUUAUGACUGUUGGUUCUUGCGUGAAGUCUACACGCAAACAGGAUUAAGUUUUAGUGCCGUGUCCAUGAAACGUGCAGGUACGUUUGAUUUCAGGGCUAAUCUGUAGCUGCUAUGAAACGGUCUGUGGGUGUCAAAUCUCCAGAGCCACAUACUGUGCCGCAAGCGCAAAAAAAGAACACACAUUUUUGUAUGUCUUCCCAGUGUUACACGGAGGGAAAGGGAGUAUUUCAGACUAUCACAUUUCAGUUCCUGCUUCAGUCAUUGUGAGCCGUGGUCUUCUGAGACCUGGCCGUGGCUCAUUAGAUGGCUGGGAGUGUGGAGGUCUGAAAAUAAUCUUCCCAGAGCACUGAUGUCAGCCCAGAGUCAGGAGCAUUAUCCCUGAUCUAAUUUAAGGAAUAAUCGAGGUAUCAAUGUUGCCAGACGCCUGAAUAAUCCCCCCUAAAAAGGUCCUCAAAACCGCCCAUAUUCAAUUGACUUUCAUACAAAUAUAUCACAAUUUUUUUAAUCUCCUACAUUUGGGAUGAAUCCCCCAGUCUGGCAACCCUGGGUGGUUACUGAAAUGGGGAAGCCACCUUUAUCUAGCCUCUGCCUUAGGACAGUAUGAUCAACAGACUGUGUAUAUAAGCUGCCUGACUGAAGCCAUAUUCAAACAUCACGGCUACAUCCUUUUGCUUUUAUGUACAGCAGACCUGGGUCAAAUACAUCACUGCUUUGUAUUCAAAUCCUUUUCUACGCUUUACUGAGCUUGGCUGGUGUUUUGGAACCUAUGAAAUGCCCUCAAAAAGUGCAAGCCCCACCUUUGUUGGCUGAAUUGCACCGGGCAAGAUUAAUUGAGCAGAAAAUAAUUUGAAUCCAAAAAUGAAUUUGUAAAUAAGUGUUUGUGUAUGAAAUGCCCAUAUUUACAUGCCGUUAAAAUAAUGUUUUCCUUAGUUUUCUUUUUUGUUAUUGUAUUCAUUCAUAAUUUGCACUGUUACAAGUGUAGUAGUUUAUGAUUGAGCAGAUUUUAUCCAUGAACAUAAAUGCACCAGUUUAAUGAGCUUUUGAAGCUAGUAAUUGAAGCGAGGACCCUAUUUAUUUUUUUUACCAUUAGGCAGAAUCAACCAAAGCAAUGUCAGUUUCAGUGAAUUAUACAUGGAUUGAAAUAUAAUAACUGUAUUUGCAAGUUCAAAUUGACAUCAGAAUUGUUGUUUCAUGCAUUUGACUGAGGACAGCUGGUUAUUAUGCUGUUAUGUACUAUAUUUAACUCAUAAACACUCCAAGGGAAGCUCAGUGCAUUUCUUCCUCUGAAAGUUUUAUAAAAUGUGAGUGAAAUGUUGUGCUGGAAUGUUGAAACAUAACUGCAAUGACUGUACAGUGUGCAAAAUUUGACUGUAACUAUUUCCAUUUGAAUAUUUUGUCA